AUGGGUCCACCUAUCCAAGUAUUCCUCACAUCAAUCGCGUCGGCUCCAGCCCUGAGACAACGGCAAGAGCAACUUCUUCGUGUGCUCCAGGUCAAGAAAAUCCCCUUUACCUCUUAUGAUCUCGCUGCAGACGAAGAAGCAAAGAAAUUAUGGAGGAGGAAGGCGCCGAGCAAUAAUUCGACUCUUCCUGGAAUCUUGGUGGGAGGGGAAUUGGCUGGGACAUAUGCGGAGUUUGAAGAGGCCGUCGAGUUUGGAGAAUUAGACCGAUUCUUCAGGCUCAAUGAAUCUUGGGGAGAAGAAGAUGAAGCAUUUGCUCCUACAUCCGUACCCCAGAAGCCAAUCGCGGUUCCUGGAGUAGCAACACCAUCUCAAAUUACUGGCCAGAGUCCAUCUUUCGCCCCCUCGGCAUCUAAGCCUUUGAAGAAAUCAACGCCUCGUACAAAAUCGAUUGACGUUGGAAGUCAACUGGGGUUUGGGUUGGAAGGAGUCAAGCUCACCGAGGAAGAAAUGCUUGAAUUAGUUGAGAGUUUAGGGCUGGAUGGGGAUGAUGCGGGCGAAUUGGUCAAAGGGCUCGGCCUAUCAUCCUCCAAAGCGACAUCCAGAAAGUCUACUUUUGAUAACCCUCCGGCCCCUUCGACAUCACAGACAGAUACAAAGACAAACGCUUCUUCCGAGUCGACCGAGACUUCGACUCCCACCGACACCACUACAGCUCCAAGUGACGCAACUAAACCUAACUCUAAAGAUCGACCAUCCGCGACCGGGGAGUUCUCCGCUGGGCGACGAUCAAGCAGUGUGCCUGAGAACAAGGACACGGCCACCAAGACAGCACCUGACAGUUUAGCAUUGACAACUGCACUUGAGGCGAAUGAGACGGCAUCUAAAGACGUUCCCACUGAUGAGUGGAGUCAUAAGGUAAACAUUCCGGGAACAUCCCCGGCCGUUGCUGUUCCUAGCGAUGCAGUUCUCAUAAAUAUGUCCCCUUAUUAUACUGGUCCUGUUCCCACUGCUCCACGAUUCUGGGAUAUGAAGGCUGCUACCGCUGCCUCCGACAGUUCACUUGAUAGGGCCUACCAUGUCCCAGGCCAUUUUGAUAUGCGUUCUUCAAAACGAGACUCACCGGAAAUCGUUUCUUCUCCCGAGGCAUCCCAAUAUUUUACUCCAACCAUGCAUCAAGACGGUUUCAAAUCCAGCCCUCCUUCAAGCGUUUAUUGUACUCCCGAGUCGAUCCAAAGCUCCCCGGAACGUCGUGUAGCAAUGUAUAGACAAACAAACCCCGAAUCACCCUCGGCCUCACCGUCUCCUUCCCCGACGGAGAGCAUGUUCUCGCGUCUGUCGCGCCCCGAAAGUGCUACGUCGUUUGUCGAAUCCGUUGACGACUUCCACGGUAAUAAGCGCUCGCCUCAGCGUCAGCGCUCCAUUAUCCCAUCGCUCGUGGUAACUGAUUACGAUUCCGAUGAGGAACAUGAGCCCAAGGUGGAUGCCUCACCCAUCCGGGAGACCUUUAUAAUGCCGGCCCAUCAGCGAUCAACGGACUUGCGCGUAGAUGCGGUCACAUUCCGUCCCAAUCCUGCACGUGAUCACCGACAAAUCACCACUGUCCCAUCACCAUCCAUCAACGGCGGAGCCACUCCAGUCGUGCGACCUCAGGCGAGGGUCGUUCCUCAGUAUCCAUUGCCUCCGCGCUCGUACCCAUAUCCUACUCAAUCGAUGCCUCAGCCCCCGCGCCCAGUUCUACCUGCUACGGUUGCUCCUCGCUACAAACAGGUGCCGGCCUUCCAGGUGGUUCCAAGGCGAUUCCCGACACCCAAACCGAUUCUUGCGAUGCGGAUGGCUGGUGCACCACAGUCGGUUAUGCAACCUGUACAGGCCGCGCAGCCGCUGCAGUACGCGGCUCAGCCUCGGGUAGCCAAGAACCAGACCCAACCGCAGCAACACUCCACUCUCUAUGACUCACGCGGCCAGACUUUCGAGGGGAAACCUGUUCGCCCGGUGCAGCAGCGUGUGUCCGCUAUGCCACUUUCGAGUGUCCGCCACUUGUGGCCAGCUACUGGCGUGUCCUUGCCCAAUGCGGAAGCCAACUCGAGUGUUUGGCACCCCUCUUUCCAGGAAGCUCAAUCUAUCAUCUCAAUCCAGCAGGCUCGGAUUCUUAAAGGCUUAUCCAACGGCGUUCCCUACGGUGGAGGCCUCUACCUCCCUAUCCCUUUUGACGAAAACCUCCCUUGA